UUUUGCCGAUGCCGACAGCUUCAGAUAUGCUUGUUUGGCGCCCGUGAGAAAUUUGGAUGGCAGGGGUCAAUUUAUGCGGGAGCUCUGCUCUCUCAGAUGGAGGUCUGCUCUCCACAGCCAUCUCCGCUAAAGCUGCCAAUUCGGCGCGCUGAGACUCUCCGCAACGACUGCUCGUCUCCGCUGGCACCAGGGACCAUCAAACUCAUCGGCAGAGCAAAGAAACGGCUCGAAACGCCGUCUCGCGCAGAGAAACACAGCCCAGCAGCCGCUCCUGGUCUCAGCCACGCAAAAUGUUCGCCCGCCGCCCGGAGCGCAACGCCCUCCUCGACAACGCGCAACCACCCGCUGAUCCGCCGACGCCCACAAGGCCGCAGCUCAAUCAUUUCCACUCCAUCAGCAUCAGCGACCUCGACGCGUCGGACAGGAGCCCGCAGUGCUACGCCGCGCUAUUGGUAUUAGCCUACUUCGUGCUUGGGGUGCUGUACUACUCGUACCUGGCCGCGCCGGAGAAGUUCACACUUAUUGAUGCGCUCUACUUCACGGUCGUAACUAUAACAACAGUAGGGUACGGAGACGUCAACGGCGACUACAAAUUAGUCGACACGUCGCAGGACAAGUUGUUUACGGCGCUGUUUGUGUUGCUGGGUGUGGGUAUUAUUGGUGCUGCCGUCGGCGUCGUCCUAUCGGCGAUUUUAGAUAGAGAAGACGAGCUAGCUGAACGACUAAGCAGGCAGCAAACAACAGAAACGGUCCGGAGGAGGCCCAGUUUACUAGGCAAGAAAGCCCUGUCGCCGGCCCAGGCGAAGUGUGUGGUCUCGGCAGCCCAAUUGGUGCUGGUACUGCUCGGAGGCACGCUCAUCUUCGAGCGCCUGGAACACGUUUCUCUAUUGACAGCGUUCUACUGGUGCUGCGUCUCGGUGACGACGGUGGGAUAUGGCGACGUCGCGCCCGAAACGUUCGCGGGCAAGGCCUUUGCUUGUGUUUUCCUGCUCGUGGGCACGGUGUUGAUGGCGAAAUCAUUAGGAGACAUCGCGGGCCUGCCCCUCGAGGCGCGCCGGAAACGACUGGAGAAGAAGGUCCUCGAGCAGUACGGCGACCACCUCGAUGGAGAGGAGUUCGCCGAAAUUCUGCGGUACGCCCACUCUCAAGGCUUGUGUGACUCGGCGACGAGCUGCUCGAAAACCGAAUUCGUCCUCUCGAUGCUUCUCAAACUCGACAAAAUUGACAAGGACGACAUCCGGCCGUGCGUACAGGCGUUCGAUCACUUGGAUAGCGACCACUCGGGGCGCUUGGAUGCCGGCGACGUCCUGGCGGCGGCCGACGCCGUCGUGUAACUUACUAGUGUGGUG